AUGAAAGUGAAGGAAGAUUUGAGAAAUGCAACGAAAAUGGCAACACACCGAAAUCUUAAUAAAAAAGUGUGUAUAUUGAGAUGCGUGAUGGUAUUGAUGUUUUGUGUGGAAAAGGCUACAAAUGGAAAGGAGUGGGUACAGGAAAUUGUUAAUCUUAUUGAAGUAGAAGGAUGGUCUAAUAAUCUGAAUGGUCAAUUUGUGUAUAUGAGUCCGAAGACGGAUCAGAUGGGCAGAGGAAAUGAUUCAGCAAUGGCGAAGGAAGAAGUCAGUGAUGAUGGUUCCUCGACUGUUGGGAAUGGGGAUUUAGAAUCUCAUGCUCGAAUUAGUUUGGACAAGGAAGGCUUGGAAACAUGUCGUGUGUGCCAAUGUACUGAAUCUGAUAAAAGGGCAGAUGCGGCGCUAGAGUUUUUAGGCAUCACCCCAGGUUCAGAAAUGUACAAAAGCAAGGGAGAAGUAGGGUGUGAUGGCAGUGGAGUUCCCAGAAAUUUGUCUCUUAAUAGAAACAUUGAAAAAAAUACAGGGAUGGUGGAAUUUGUUAGCCCUGAUGGGGAGGUUUUCAUUUGUAAAAGCGAUUUAGAACUUGGUUUGUCUCAUCAAGAUAAACUAGUUGAACUUGGAUGUUCUUGUAAAAACGAUCUUGCUUUAGUCCAUUAUGCUUGUGCGCUCAAGUGGUUUGUCAACCAUGGAUCUACCAUUUGUGAAAUAUGUGGACAUAUAGCAAAUAAUAUCAGACUUUCUGACUUCAAUAAGGUUGUUGGUGCUUUGAAGGAGUAUGAUGGAUUGAGGGAAAGAACUGCUAGUGGUGAUCCUGGUCCUGCACAAGCAAAUGCAAAUGCAAAUGCUGGUGUUGAUCCUGAUGCAGUGGCUGCUAUUCGGAGGCAACGGCUUAGUGAGAUUGCACUAUGGUUUUGUCCUCAUAAUAACAUUAGCAAUAACAACAUUAGCAAUGUGGACACAGUUUCACAGGUUGCUUCUGAGCAGCAUUUGAAUAUUAUUGGUGAAGAUGCUCCCCCUGCACAGAAUAGUGCAACUAAAUGGGCUGUUGAGGGUACAGGGAUCCUGCUUGCUACUGGGCUGCUUACCAUUACCCUUGCAUGGCUUAUAGCCCCCCGUGUUGGAAAGAAAACUGCUAGUAGUGGCCUUCAUAUCUUACUUGGAGGUGUUUGUGCUUUAGCAGUGGUGGUUUUCUUCCGCUUUUUUGUGCUUACCAGAAUCAGGUAUGGACCUGCACGUUAUUGGGCAAUCUUGUUUGUUUUCUGGUUUCUUGUCUUUGGAAUAUGGGCUUCAAGGACCCAUGGUGCCCAUACAACAUGA